ACCAGCAAACUGACUCUUGACUCUAGAUCGAGAGACGCUCUUGGAAGCUGCAGGGUUUGGCUUUUUGUGGAUGUCCACGCUGUCCGGCAUCAUUUCCGGGCCUGUACGGGGCAUCUGCAAGUGGUGAUUUGGCUGACGGGUAGUGGUGCUGCUCGCUUGCCAACGGGCUCUUCGUACGCCUUUUUUUGCGCUGCUCACACGUACUAGAUACAUACGGGGUUGGCUGGUGGAUGCUGUCAUUCAUCAGGCUGGAGGAUCAGCAGUACAGCCAGCCUGAUCGUGACGGACAAACGCAAUGUUGCUCCCGUGAGACUGUAGAUCGCCUCACAUCGUCUGUCUGCUGAUGCUAUUCUUGUUGCUGCUUGAAUCGUCGAAACUGCACUGCCGGCAACCACUACGUUGGAGUUGGAGGCCGCCCGCAGCCAUGGUCUCAUGGCUUCCAUUGGACGCUGCCAAACUGGCCGAAGAAGGUAUAUCCUUGCCAGACGUUGUUAUCCUGCAGCAUCAUUACUCGUGCUCCGACGGC